UCAACAAAUUAAAGCAAAACAAAUCAUAAACCAAACAAAGGUGCUGAUUGUCGUUUUUACUGUGAAGUUUUGCUUUUUUUCACAGGAAACGUAGCUAAUUUUUCUAUUGCAGUUCAACUAGUCUGCUGGGUUUCGUAAUUUAGAAUAGUUUUCUAUUAACAAAAUGACCACUGUGUUAGGUGCUGGUAUGAGUGGUCUAUCGGCUGCUUACUAUUUGCUUCAGCGAUUUGGAUAUCCUGCAACUAUAUACGAGUCCUCCAAUAGGGUCGGCGGUUGGAUACGCACAGAAAGACAUAGGGAUAAGGGUUUCUUGUUCGAAGUGGGCCCACGCACAAUACGACCAAAGGGUAUACCUGGCGCAAAUACCCUCAAAUUAAUAGAAGAACUACAGUUGCCGGUUGACCCAGUGUUGGCUUGGCAGCCUGCUGCAAAGAAUCGCAUGAUAUACGCUAAAGGACAAUUAUGUAUGCUACCCAAUAGUCUGAGCGGAGUUUUCAAGACAUUACCACCGUUCUCAAAACCGCUGAUAAGUCAGAUCACGCAAGAUUUACGGGCAGGUAGAAAAAAGUUGAAGUUCGCAGACGAAUCUAUAUAUGACUUCGUUGAACGCCGCUUUGGCGCUGAAUUAGCCAACUACGCAAUCAGCCCAUUGAUAUGUGGCAUCUGUGCUGGUGACGCAAAAGAGAUAAGCGUGCGUUUUCUGAUGAACGACCUAUUUGAGAAGGAACAAAAAUGGGGUGGCAUUAUUAAGGGUAUGCUAUUCGAAAAACUCUUUGGUAAGAAACAAAACACGGCUAUCGAAGGUAUCUUUGCGGAAGCAAUGCCCAGGCUGUACGAAAAGGCGCGUGAAGAAAAGUGGAGUAUGUACCGGGUACCUGAUGGGUUGGAAACGUUGCCACGCACACUGAGUAAUCAUUUGCGAGGAAAGAACGUUAAUAUUCAGCUCUCAGCUGAGUGUCGAGAGAUCACAUUUUCACGUAAUGGUGUUAAAAUGAAUGUUAAAGGGCGUGACAUUGACCUGAAACAUGUAAUUUCAUCCUUACCUUCUUACAAGUUAGCUUCCUGUGUGAAAAAUCAACAUCCGUCAUUGGCAGCAUUGUUGAUGUCUAUACCCUACGUUGAUGUUGCUGUAGUUAACUUACAAUAUAAUACGGAGGAACUGUUUAAGAUGAAAGCAUUUGGUUUCUUAGUGCCGCCCAUUGAAAGACUGCCUAUAUUGGGUGUUAUCUUUGACAGUUGUUGCUUUGACAUGGAGGGCAAUACGGUACUUACAGUAAUGAUGGGAGGACGUUGGUUUGAGGAGAAUUUUGGUAAGGAGCCCACACCAAAAAAGCUUCUGGACACAGCUUUGCAGCAUCUGGAACUGGUUAUGGGGAUAAAAGAUGAACCACGAUUGUCACGGGUACACGUUUUAAAAAAGUGCAUACCACAAUAUACGGUGGGACAUAAGCAACGUGUAGCCGACAUAAGGCGAUACAUAAAUCAAUAUAAACUACCGCUGACAUUAUGUGGUGCAGCAUAUGAUGGAGUUGGUAUUAAUGAUGUUAUAUUAUCGGCACGAACGCAAGUGCAGACCUUGAAUGCCUUGGAUGAUUGAUUGAAAGAUUUGAAAAUUAUAAUAAAGCGGUGUGGUGAUUUCGGUGAUGAAGGAUUGCGUUGGAAUUUUUUAAUCACAGACGUUCCCUUCUAUUACAUAAAUUGUAUACAUUGC